CCAGUUAACACGGUCACCAGUUAAACCGUAACAGCGGCCAAUAACGGAAAAUUGGAUAUAUCCAGCGAACAAACCAGUUAUUUGAUACUCCAAGAGGACAUUUCUGCGAUCAUUGACUCAACAUGUCUCUUCACACAGUUCUCCUGUCGAGAUCGGACAGGGAAAUGUGUAUUUUCUCAAAGCUGCACCACAGGUUUAGUUCCUCCACCUUUAUCUUCCGGAACUUCCGGUCAUCCGUCUCAACCACAGGAGAAAGAAGAGGAAUGAAGCGGAAAGCGGAUAAUGAUUUUCAGAGUGUUUCUGGUGAAGGCAAACCGUAUGCUCUGAGGAAACGCAUCAAACUUUCAGAGAUGGAGAACACAAGAGACACAGAGAUGACCAGCUAUGAGGAGAAAACCAGUUCAGGAGGAAGAGGAGAGAAACGGAAAGCGGAUGAUGAUUUUCAGAGAGUUUCUGGUGGAGGUAAAUCAUACGCUCUGCGGAAACGCAUCAAAGUUUCAGAGAUGGAGAACACAAGAGACACAGAGAUGACCAGUUUUCAGGAGAAAACCAGCUCAGGAGGAAGAGGAGAGAAGCGGAAAGCAGAUGAUGCUUUUCAGAGUGUUUCUGGUGGAGGCAAACCAUCUGCCCACCGGAAACGCAUUAAAGUUACAGAGCUGGAGAACACAAGAGAAGACGCCGACACAGAGGCGUCCAGCUCAGGAGGAAGAGGAGUGAAGAGGAAAGCGGAUGAUGAUUUGCAGAGUGUUUCUGACAGAGUCAAACCAUACGCUCUGCGGAAACGCAUCAAAGCUGCAGAGACGUCCAGCGAUGAGAACAGCCGCUCAGGUCAGUCUCCCGUCACUCUUCUACAGUUGUAUGAGCAUAUAUAUGUCAGCUUAAAGGCACAGUGCACGACGACACAAAGCAGCAGAGCUUUUAUUAUGCCACAGUCCAGCGCGUCUGGUUCUUCAGCUCGUGAUCACGUGUGCUGUUUUAUCAGACUAAAUACAUGUUGUGCUUCUGUUAUAAUGCUGCUCUGUGCUGUCAAAUAAAACACAAACAUAUUAAAACCUCGCUAAACAAACAGAGCAGAAAUAGAGGAUGUGUGACGUCAUUAGCAUGAACACACACACUGGCUGUGUCUAAAAUCACACACUUCCAUACUAAAUAGUACAUUAAGACAGUAUGUGAGCCGAGUAGUAUG